CAACACACAGUUUCCGAUCCUGGUCGAUCACAUUGCUUUCCAGUUGGUCUAUUGCUGUAGAAUCAAUAGUGUAGACAAGUUUGCAGUUGUUCAUUGUCGUUGGAUUCAUUUGAGCAGAUCGCAGAGUCGGACGGAUUUUUUGACACUUGACUGAUUCCUAGUAUGGCAGAACAAUCCUACCCUCACGCUCAGAACCCCGCUGGCAUGAACACAGGCAAUGAUGGCGGCUACGUACAACCCCCGGAGAACAUCCACCAGACGACAGGAUUGUCGGGUGAUCAUCAAGCUGUAGUUGGGCAACAGUAUGUCGCCCAUGCACCGAUGACCUAUGCUAUCUCGCAGAAGGUGUCCAUCAAGGACGGCGAUUGGGCAAUCGUCGAUCAGAAUGGUAAUAGCUCCUUCAAGGUUAGCGGCAAGAUUGCGAGCAUGCGUGAUAAGCGAUACCUGAAGGACGCAGCCGGUAACAAGAUCCUGACCUUGAAGAAGAAGCUGAUAACUAUGCACAACUCAUGGGAAAUCCUUGCUGGCGAUGGCAGCAACGUCUUGGCCACUUGCAAGAAAUCCUCUUUGGUGCAGGUGAAGACCGCCAUGGAUGUCAUGCUUGCUUCUUCCACUUCGGGCAAGAACACGCCAGACUAUCAAGUGAAGGGCGACUUUUUCAACUACAACAUUGCUAUCUACCGUGGCACCGAAGAAGCCGCUGUGGUGACCCGCCAGAUCAAUGUUAGAUCACAGAUAUUAGAUAAGGACUCAUUCGGAGUGACAAUUCACCCCGGAGUAGACCAGGCCUUAAUAUUUGCGCUCAUCGUUGUCAUGGACGAGAUUUUCCUUGACGGAGACAGCUCUGAUUCCGACUAAGCAUGUAAAUACUGGGAUCAGUGAAUUCAACCUCGACGGUCAGGUAGCUUCCCAGCUGCGAGCGUCUUCUGUAUGCGGCUUUGUUUGCGGCACACUUUGUGAAGUGACCGCUCAGUAGCGAAAACGUGAUUUUGAGAAGGUAGUUGCACACAUGCAGGGCUUCUUACAAACGGCAUGUUUCAUGUCGAAGUUUGUGAACUAAAGCUAUUGUAUAUUAAUAAAUUUCACUCUAUUGAAGGGUGACCUCUAUGGUAUAUGACAAUUGAA